AGCAGACUUCAUAAAUAUGACCUUUUAUUGCAGACGACGGUUAUUAUUGUGACGUUACUCACAGUUUGUAAGUCCACAUCAUGGCGUUUUCCCUGAGAAACGAUCCUCGCAGGCCGGACAGCCCGGACCCCGAGUCUCCGGCCCUGUCCACCUGCAGCAACGCGGACAUCUUUCGCAGGAUGAACACCAUGUUGGGCAACGCUCUGGAUUUCACCGGUGUGUGCACCACGCCUAACAACAACAACAACACCACCAACAAGGGAAAGCCAGAUCUGCUGUGUGAGUCGGAGCUGGCCGCGGUGGGCAGCAGGAGGAUGCUCUUCCCCAACCGUGCUGGCAUGCCCGGCUCCCACGAGAUGCCACCAUCCAGGGGCCCACCGGGUGUCACAGACCUGGGCCUGGGCCUCCAGUCUCUUCGGCUGUCUGGCUGGGACAGACCCUGGAGCAGCCAGGAGUCAGACGCACUCACCUCCCCUUCCCAGGCUCAGACUAGCUCACCUUCCAUGCUAGGUAUACUGAACAGUCCCUUCAGUAGCAUCCUUGGGAAGCCCCCUGGCUACCUACCCCCUGAGUCCAUGAGCAUGACGGCUGACUUCUUGGAGAAGUUCCCUAGCAUGGCUCGCAUGGCAAACCGUCUGGACUCGGGCUCCUUUUUGGACUCUCGAUCCAGCAGUCCUGAAGACUCUGAGACCAGUGGCUUUAGUUCUGGCUCUGACCACCUGUGUGACAUGCUGUCAACUUUGCGGAUUUCCCCUCCCCUGCCUUAUCUCACAUCAAACAUUCAGAAGGAUCUACUGCGAUUGGGCUCCCGCCUGGACCCCCAGGACUCCAGCUCUCCUCUGACGCCACCAUCCAGUGCCAGCCCUGCCUCCUCAGUCAUUUCCCGCCGCUGGCGUACCGGUUCUCCAUGGCCUGGUACUGACAUGCUAGACCACUCAGAUGAUGUGUUCAGUAUUGAGAGGGAGGCCCGUCUGCACAGACAAGCUGCAGCUGUGAAUGAGGCUACAUUUACCUGGAGUGGUCAGUUGCCUCCCAGAAACAACAAGGAUCCCCUGUACUCCUGCAAGGUCUUUCUUGGUGGCGUGCCAUGGGACAUCACAGAAGCUGGGCUGAUCAACACCUUCAGUGGCUACGGCCCUCUGACUGUGGAGUGGCCCGGUAAGGAUGGAAAGCAUCCCCGCUGUCCUCCCAAAGGUAAUGUGGCCAAAGGCUAUGUUUACCUGGUGUUUGAGAAUGAAAAGUCUGUGAGGGCAUUGCUCCAUGCCUGCUCCCAGGACCCAUUUCACCCCGAGGACAACCGAGAGUACUACUUCAAGAUGUCCAGCCGCAGAAUGCGAUGCAAGGAUGUGCAGGUGAUCCCCUGGGUAAUCUCAGACAGUAACUAUGUGCGCUGUCCUGCCCAGCGUCUGGACCCCAGUAAGACUGUGUUUGUUGGUGCACUGCAUGGAAUGCUGAAUGCUGAGGCACUGGCCAGCAUCAUGAACGAUCUGUUUGGAGGAGUCAUGUACGCUGGCAUUGACACGGACAAGCACAAGUACCCAAUAGGCUCUGGACGUGUCACUUUUAACAAUCAGCGCAGUUACCUGAAGGCUGUAUGUGCAGCUUUUGUGGAGAUCAAAACCCCCAAGUUUACAAAGAAGGUCCAGAUUGACCCCUACCUGGAAGACUCCAUGUGUCAAGUUUGCCUUCGCCAACCUGGGCCUUUCUUCUGCAGAGACCAGGCCUGCUUCAAGUACUACUGCCGCUCUUGCUGGCACUGGCAGCACUCCAUGGACAUCCUGAGCAACCACCGGCCCCUCAUGCGCAACCAGAAGAACAGGGACUCCAGCUAGAGCGGAUGGAUCCAAACACUCUGAAGGGCCAGAGGAAGAGCCCCUCUCUACGGGGUGAGGCUGCCCGCCAAGGAGAGCACGUGUGCCAGACCUCCCUCAGUACGAGGGCACCAUGGCACUCCACCAGGCACAGGGAUAUCACUGUAGAAAAUGUUCACUUUUGCACUUGCUACAUUUUUGCUGUUCACAGUGGCACUAUGCACAGUGACCUUGUUGGGAGAGACAAGGGGCCCUUCACACUUAUGCAUUUUCCCAGACUUGUGGCCAGACAGAGAUGGGAGUCAGCCUAAAGUUAAGAAGUGGACGAAAAUGCCAUUUCUUUUUUUUUUUCUUUUUUGUUUACAUGUGUUGCAUAGUGAAGAGCAAUCACGCAAGUCUCAUUGCCGUUCAUUGGCAAAUGCCAUACAGUGCCUUUAAAUUUUUAUUUUUUCCCCCCCUCCCUCCCCUACCCCCAGUUGGCAUCAGUUUUUCCUGUGCAAGCCAACUGGUGUUUCUUACUUUUGGGAGUUGAAUGUUGGGCUUCAUUUAACCAGUCGCAUUUCAGACAUUUUUACGCAGUUUUUUACUAAUUUCUACACAAACGGUUUUAAGUCAUAACAUGAAAAUUUUGAACCGAAUUCUACCAGGCGGCUGUUUAUGGGAGAACCCCCUUUUAUUUUUUUUUCUCAUACAUGUUUUCUGUGGCUUUUCUUUUUAAUUUGCCCUCCCAAAUUUCAACUGAAUGGGCACGAAAUGUUGGAAAUACUACUAACUUGCUUUGUUUGUCCAGUUAUAUUAAAUGUAUGUAACAGUAAUACUGGAUAUGCUUCAACUGGCGAUCUAUCAUUUCUCAAGCAACUGAUGGACCCUGUUGAGUAUAGUGAAUGAACAUUUGAUCGUACAUAGUUUGGUUUUUUGCACUUUUUAAUUUGCACGUUUGGAGAGGUGGCAGUGGUUUUUAAUCACUUUUUGUACAUCAGCAGGGGGACAUGCCUAUGAUUAGAACAGCUGCUUGUUUCCUGUUGAAUGUAAGAACUUCCACUUAGCUGAUGAUAAAUUGAAUCUAUCCAGAGCUUGAGUAGACCCCAGUAAAUGACUACACGCUUUCUUAUCCCAUUUUUCUUCCUGUUCCAGUUGGACAUCAAUGCAUAAGCUGUGUGCCAAAGACAAAGUGUCUUUUCUUUAUCCAUUAGGUUUGUCAUGCUGAGCUUGUUGUCCCUUAGCCCAGCUGCUUUUUAGAGUUUUGAAAGUCUACCUCAUUGUGGUCUGCCAAGUUUGCUGCUACUUACACUUGUGGAGUAUGUUCAGAUUGGGCACAAUAAAGGUGUUUAAGCAUUAA